GUAUUGUUAAUAGGGCGCGGCCACUCUAGCCACCUCAGAGUUCCAAGUCUCGUUAGCCCAGAAGGUUAACGCCUUUAGUUCUCCAAGCAAGACCGAGGUGGGAAAUCCUUGGCCCUUUUCUGCUCGGCGAGGGGAGGGUUCCCUCACCCACUCCUUGGUUCCCUCAGACACUCAUGGACUUGCGAAGCCUCCUCCGCUCCCCGCACCCUCCUAGGAGGAUGCCGCUUUCACUCGCGGUGCUCCAAAGACCUAAAACCUAAACAAAGAGGGCUGUGGCCUCCUCGUCUGACCAGGAUGAGUCAUUUCCGGUGACAAAUUUCCUCCCCCGGAAGUGAGACCUGAUGUAAACACCGGAGCUGGGUGUCAAGGCCCAGGAGGUCAGAAAGCCGGGCCGCGGGCGGCACCGAGACCUGGGCCUGGGAUUGGGGAGGCGCGGCAGUCAGGGAAGCAAUCCUGGAUCAUGACUCAGCAGCCACUUCGAGGAGUGACCAGCCUGUGUUUCAACCAAGACCAAAGCUGCUUUUGCUGUGCCAUGGAAACAGGUGUGCGCAUCUACAAUGUGGAGCCAUUGAUGGAGAAAGGGCAUCUGGACCAUGAGCAGGUAGGCAGCAUGGGCCUGGUGGAAAUGCUGCACCGCUCCAACCUCCUGGCCCUGGUGGGUGGUGGUAGCAGCCCCAAGUUCUCAGAGAUUUCAGGGGUGGGUCUUGUGUCACCAGGGCUGCCCCUCACCCUAAACCUUGGCCCGGACAAUGCACCCACCUGCCCAGCAGUGCUGAUCUGGGACGAUGCCCGGGAGGGCAAGGACUCCAAGGACAAGCUGGUGCUGGAGUUCACCUUCACCAAACCAGUGCUGGCUGUGCGCAUGCGCCAUGACAAAAUCAUAAUUGUGCUGAGGAACCGCAUCUACGUGUACUCCUUCCCCGACAAUCCCCGAAAGCUGUUUGAGUUCGACACCCGGGACAACCCAAAGGGGCUCUGUGACCUCUGCCCCAGCCUGGAGAAACAACUGCUAGUGUUCCCAGGACACAAGUGUGGGAGUCUGCAACUUGUGGACCUGGCAAGCACAAAGCCUGGCACUUCAUCUGCUCCGUUUACCAUCAAUGCACAUCAGAGCGACGUGGCCUGUGUGUCCCUAAACCAGCCAGGCACUGUAGUGGCCUCGGCUUCCCAGAAGGGCACCCUCAUUCGCCUUUUUGAUACACAGUCCAAAGAGAAACUAGUGGAACUGCGCCGAGGCACUGACCCCGCCACCCUCUACUGUAUCAACUUCAGCCAUGACUCUUCCUUCCUGUGCGCUUCCAGUGAUAAGGGCACGGUCCAUAUCUUUGCUCUCAAGGAUACCCGCCUCAACCGCCGCUCCGCGCUGGCUCGUGUGGGCAAGGUGGGGCCUAUGAUUGGACAGUAUGUGGACUCUCAGUGGAGCCUGGCAAGCUUUACCGUGCCUGCCGAGUCAGCCUGCAUCUGCGCCUUCGGUCGCAACACUUCCAAGAGCGUCAACUCAGUCAUUGCCAUCUGUGUAGAUGGGACCUUCCAUAAAUAUGUCUUCACUCCUGAUGGAAACUGCAACAGAGAGGCUUUCGAUGUGUAUCUUGACAUCUGUGAUGAUGAUGACUUUUAAGGACCCUGUGGGUUGUGCUAAGGAACCGCAGUGACAGAGUGCAAAGCAUUUGUUGGGGUGGGAGUGCUGGAAGCCCCAGCUAGCAAGCAGUAAUGGGGCUGGCGCCCACUUUCCUUCCACAGAGCAAUGCCUAAACAGCUCAUUUCCCUCAAGCACUUCUCCUAAGCACUUCUUGAUUUUGUGUCUUUGAGGACUGUGUGUCCACAGGGCCAGGCCAGGGACCCAGGGAGGCAGCAGAUGCCCUGGGGCUUCCAACCUGGAAAAAACUACUAGGGACCCAGAGGGACUGCCCUAAUCCAACUUGUGGGGAUAAAAAACAACAAAAAAAAAAACAACUUCCCAGAAAGAGCCAAUCUCUGAUGUGAUGAAUAUGAAUAAAAAGCCCUUAUUAAUA